CAAAAAAAUGGGCUUGGUGUCUUCUUCCCGUACCAGUACUGUUUCCCUUCCUCUUCUUCUUCUGGGUUUUCUCUUGGUGGCUGUUUCGGCCGCCGGCGAUGUGGAAGAGCAGGAAGCAGACCUGGUGAAGAGGCUGCCGGGGCAGCCGGAAGUGAGCUUCAAGCAGUACGCCGGCUACGUGACGGUGGACGAAAGCCACGGGAGAGCGCUGUUCUAUUGGUUCUUCGAAGCCACCGAAAACCCUCAGGACAAGCCCCUCCUCCUCUGGCUCAAUGGAGGCCCAGGUUGCUCUUCGAUAGGUUAUGGUGAAGCAGAAGAGUUGGGACCUUUCUUCCCCAAGAGAGGGAAACCAGAGCUCACCUUCAACCGUCACUCUUGGAACAAAGCCGCGAACAUGUUGUUCCUUGAAUCCCCAAUAGGAGUCGGAUUUUCCUACACCAACACUUCCCAAGACUUCACUCAACUCGGCGACGCAAUGGCUGCUAGCGACGCCCACACAUUCCUCCUCAACUGGUUCAAGAGAUUCCCUCAGUUCCGCUCUCACGACUUCUUCAUCGCCGGCGAAAGCUACGCCGGACACUACGUCCCGCAGCUGGCGGAGGCGGGGAUGGUGGACUACGCGUGGGACCACGCCGUCAUCUCCGACCAAGUCUACGACAAGAUCAAGCAUGCAUGCAACUUCGACGUCGAGGGAACGACGUCGGCCUGCGACGACGCGCUCGAGCUUUACUUCAACGUCUACAACCUCAUCGACAUGUACAGCCUGUUCGCUCCCCGGUGCUUCAACGGCACCACCUUCGCCGCCGCCGCCACGAAACGUCCUCUCGUUCGCGGCCCUCGUUCCUUGUCCAAAUUCCCCGCCACGUGGCACAAGGAGCCGGCCGCGGGGUACGACCCGUGCAUCUCGACGGUCACCGAGGCGUACUUUAACAGAAAAGACGUGCAGGAAGCCCUCCAUGCUAACGUGAGCGGGAGGAUCCCCUACCCGUGGACCCACUGCAGCGACACCAUCCAGUCUUGGCACGAUGCUCCACACUCCGUUCUCCCGGUGAUCAAGAAGCUCGUCGCCGGCGGCGUCAGGGUCUGGGUCUACAGUGGGGAUACCGACGGGAGGAUUCCGGUGACGUCUACACGGUUGACGCUGAACAAGCUUGGCCUGAACACUACGAAAGAGUGGGCUCCGUGGUACUUCCGGCGGCAGGUCGGAGGAUGGACGAUUGAGUACGACGGGCUGACGUUCGUGACGAUAAGAGGAGCCGGUCACCAGGUUCCUACUUUCAAGCCGAUGCAGGCGCUGGUGCUGAUCAAGCGUUUCUUGGGAGACAAGAAAAUGCCCGCUUUCCCUUGGCGUUCUACCUAAAAAUGCUAUAUGGUACACAUUCGUACAUUUGUUUA